AUAUUUUCCUUCUUAUUUCCAUGGCUUUGUAGUUCAGUUUCUGGGCAGCUUCAUUAUUCAAUUGCUGAAGAAAUGAGAAAAGACUCUGUUGUAGCAAAUAUUGCAAAAGACAUUGAUAUAGAUGUUAAGCAGCUCUCAUUCAGAAGACUUCAUAUUGUUUCACGUGUUUCAGAGAAAUAUUUCUAUGUCAAUUCAGCAAAUGGAAAUUUGUGUGUUAGAGACAGGAUUGAUAGAGAGACUCUGUGUGGGGCAGCAGCUACCUGCUUCCUAACCUUUGAUGCAGUGGUUGAAAACCCUUUAAAUGUUUUCCGCGUAAACGUGGAAAUUCAGGAUAUAAAUGAUAAUUCUCCAAAAUAUUUCCAUGACACCAUCAAUUUAGAAAUGAUUGAACUUAGCUUGCCAGGAACAAGAUUUGUUUUACAAAAUGCAGAAGAUCCAGAUAUUGGCAUUAAUUCUGUGCAGACAUACAAACUCAGUGAUAAUCAGUAUUUUGCAUUGAGUGAAAAGACCAGCAGUGAUGGCAGCAGAUUUCCAGAACUUGUUUUAGAGAGACCUUUGGACCGUGAGAAACAACAGAGCCAUGAAUUAAUUUUAACAGCCGUUGAUGGUGGAACUCCCACUAGAUCAGGAACAGCCUUAAUUAGGGUCAUAGUUACUGAUGUAAAUGACAAUUUCCCUGUAUUUUCCCAAGAUGUUUAUAAAGUGAGUAUAAGUGAAAACUCUCCAAUAAAUUCUACUUUACUUUUUAUAAAUGCAACUGAUCAAGAUGAAGGAUCAAACGCACACAUUACAUAUUCAUUUAGCAAAACCUCAGGAAAUAUGCUACAUACAGACAUGUUUGAUAUCCAUCCUACAAAUGGAGAAAUUAAAAUCAGUAGAAACUUGGAUUUUGAAGUUACAAAAAGUUAUGAAAUAUUUAUACAAGCAAAGGAUGGAGGAGGACUUGUGUCUCACUGUAAGUUAUUAGUCGAAAUAUUAGAUGAAAAUGACAAUGCCCCUGAAAUAACAAUUAAAUCAUUAUCUACUCCUAUCUCUGAGGACUCAUCCCCUGGCACAUUAAUUGCACUUAUUGAAGUGCACGAUCAAGAUUCGGGAACAAAUGGAGAUGUUGACUGUCAAAUAAUGGAGAUACUACCCUUUGAAUUAUUAUUAUCAUCUGGGCUAGCACUCGAUGGAACUGCACGUGUAGCUGCUGAGCUCCGAGGCUUUCGUUCUUUUACGCUGCUAAAAGGGUGCCGAUUUCAAGCAUGGGCAAGCACUCGAGGACCGUGA